AAUCAGAUUAUUGGUGAAGAGAUGGUUGAGUUGAAAGCUUUGAUUGAAGGACUUGAAGCCGCCGUGAUGCUGGAGUUAAAGAGGGUUACCAUCGUUACUGAUAAUCGGUUGCUGUACUCGCAUAUCACUGGCAAAAACCGGGAGAUCAGGGAAACUUUUGCUGUGCUAUCUAACCAGAUAGAUCUUCUUCUGCGGAAAUUAGGCAAUCCUGGUGCAUCUUUUGUAACUCGCCAUGAUAAUGCGUUUGCUGUUGAACUUGCUCGGAAGGCAAUUGCAUUUGAGGUCAAUCGAUCAGCAGGAAGCAGUGGCACAAAGAAUCUGAUGAAGACAUGCACAAUAUGUUUGGAAGAUACUGAUGUGGAUCAGAUGCUCUUAAUUGCAGGUUGUCUGCAUAGCUACUGCUUGUCAUGUAUGUCAAAAUAUGUCCACUAUAAGUUGCUUCAGGGCAUUCUACCUAAAUGCCCCGGUGAGAACUGCAAAUCUCUGUUGGAACUUGAUAGUUGCAGAAAGUUCUUGACUCCGGAAUUGUUCGACAUAAUGUGCCAGCGUGUGAAGGAAGAAUCAAUCCCACCAGCGGAGAAAAUUUAUUGCCCCUACUCAAGAUGUUCUACUUUGUUAUCGAAAACAGAGCUUCAAGGUUCCAAGGGUGAUGCUAUUGAAGUAUUGGGUUGUAGGAAGUGCUCUCAUUGUGGUGGCCUUUUCUGCAUCAAUUGCAAAGUCCCUUGGCAUAGUAAUAUGAGCUGCUCUGCAUUUAAAACCGGUAAUCCCAGCUCCAGUAAUGAAAAGAAACUGAAGUCAUUGGCUACUAAGAAUCUCUGGCGUCAAUGUCCCCAGUGCAGCCAUAUGGUUUCACUUUCUGUAGGAUGCUACCACAUUUACUGCAGGUGUGGGCACGAGUUUUGCUAUACAUGUGGAGCAGAAUGGCGAAACAAGAAAGCUACAUGUCGUUGUCCUAUCUGGGACGAGCACAACAUCGUAUAUGAUAACUAAGAUUGAGAAGAAGCAAGAUAGAGUGUGAUGCUCGGUGCUGCUACGCUCCUUGUUCCUUGGUAAAGCUCACUUUUAGGCAGGCUGACUUUCUUUUUGCAAGAUGAGAAUCUGAUGGAUAUAACAUACUCAUCCAUAUGCUUUUGUUUUGUUUCCUGCGCAAUUUUUGUGUAAUC